ACAAUGAAACACAGCUUUGCUUUUGACAACAUGGGCUACGAGGAGAGCUUUGAAUCCCUGCCCUCUACAUCUUCCCAAGAACACACUGUGGCAGUCAACGUCGUGGGAAUGACUUGCCAAUCUUGUGCACAGUCGAUAGAAGGCCGAAUUUCCAAGGUGAAGGGCAUUGUGAGUAUUAAAGUCUCCCUUGAACAGAACAAUGCUGUAAUAAAGUAUCUGCAGACAGAAAUAACUCCUGAACAGAUUUGCCAAGAAAUUCAGGAUAUGGGUUUUGAUGCCAACAUACCAGAAGAGAGACUGACACCAGCGACUGCAAGUUUGUCGUGCUUGAGAGAAGCAGUAGUUAAGCUUCGGGUAGAAGGCAUGACAUGCCAAUCCUGUGUCACUAACAUUGAAGGAAAGAUUAGGAAGCUGCAUGGUGUGGUGAAAAUCAAGGUGUCACUUGGUAAUCAGGAAGCAAUUAUUGCUUACUAUCCUUACAUCAUUCAGCCUGACGACCUCAAGAGCCAUAUCAGUAACCUGGGGUAUGAAUGCAGCAUUAAAAGUAAAUCAGCCCCGUUGAAGCUUGGUGCGCUCGAUCUUGGGCGCCUGAAGAAUGCAAACCCCAGGGAGACACCAGGAAGUCUCGAGAGCGAUGAGGUGGAUCCACCGCUUGUCAAGAUGAGAGGCAUAGCCACGGUGGCUGUACGGAUAGAAGGCAUGCACUGCAAGUCCUGUGUCAGAAACAUUGAAGGAAACAUAUCAGAUCUUCCUGGCAUACAAAGUGUUAAAGUAUCUUUGGAGCAUAAGCAUGCUGUUGUACAGUAUAGCCCAGAUUUAAUUACCCUGUCAGCUUUGCAGCAAGCUAUUGAAUCCCUUCCACCAGGAAACUUUAAAGUGUGUCUCCUCAGUGGUUCAGAAGUUAAUAAGGGAGCAUCUCCGUCACCUGCUUUGCUAUGCGAUCUCUUCAGAGAGCCGCUGCAAGACACGACAUGCAUGGCUGUUAUUAGGAUUGAUGGCAUGACCUGCAGUUCCUGUGCACAGUCCAUAGAAGCGGCCUUGUCACAGAGACAAGGAGUGCAACGUAUAGCAGUUUCUCUAGCUGACAGAACUGGGAACAUACAUUAUGAUCCAGCUGUCACUAAUGGAGAAGAGUUAAGAGCUGCCAUAGAAGACAUGGGGUUUGGUGCUUCUGUGUUGACAGGUAACAGUGUUUUUUCUUCUGUGGGUAAUACUGCCGCUGGAGAACGUAGGCACCAGCCUGAUGCCAGCAGUGCUGCCAUGCAGCCUCGAGCUCCAGACCUUCCUCGCCAAGACUGUGCCUCACAUGCUCUUCCAGACAGUCCUCACCUUGAUGGUCCAAACCAGCCCGGCGGAGCGACAGCUGAAAAGUGUUUUUUGCAAAUCACAGGCAUGACCUGUGCGUCGUGUGUGUCUACCAUUGAAAGAAAUUUGCAGAAAGAAGAUGGAAUUGUUUCAGUGUUGGUAGCACUGAUGGCAGGUAAAGCAGAGAUAAAAUACAAGCCAGAAUUCAUACAGCCUCUUGAAAUAGCACAGCUGAUCCAGAAGUUGGGUUUUGAAGCUACUGUCAUAGAAGACCAUGCAGAAACAGAAGGAAAUGUGGAGCUUCUUAUUACAGGCAUGACUUGUGCUUCUUGUGUUCACAAUAUUGAAUCCAAACUCAUGAGAACAAGUGGCAUAUUCUACGCUUCAGUUGCACUUGCUACUUGCAAAGCUCGCAUCCAGUUUGAUCCUGAAAUCACUGGACCUCGAGAUAUUAUAAAAAUAAUUGAGGAAAUUGGCUUUCAUGCUUCUGUGGCUAGAAGAGUUCCAGGUGCACAUAACCUGGAUCAUAAAAAGGAAAUACAGGAGUGGAAGAAGUCUUUCUUGUGCAGCCUACUGUUUGGUAUCCCUGUCUUGAUCCUAAUGAUUUAUAUGCUAAUACCUGACGGUGAGAACCAUGGGUCUAUGGUGCUGGAACAGAAUCUCAUUCCUGGAUUAUCUAUUUUGAAUCUUCUCUUCUUUGUCCUGUGCACUUUUGUUCAGUUUCUUGGUGGAUGGUAUUUUUACGUACAAGCUUACAAAUCGCUGAAGCACAAGACAGCCAAUAUGGAUGUGCUCAUUGUACUGGCCACGACGAUUGCUUAUGUGUAUUCGUGUGUGAUCCUGUUGGUAGCAAUAAUUGAAAAGGCAGAGAAAAGCCCUGUCACUUUCUUUGACACUCCUCCGAUGCUGUUUGUGUUCAUUGCCCUUGGGAGAUGGCUGGAACACAUAGCAAAGAGUAAGACCUCAGAAGCUCUUGCUAAACUUAUAUCUCUUCAAGCCACAGAAGCCACUGUGGUGACUCUUGGACCUGACCACUCUAUCAUCAGGGAGGAGCAGGUAGCUGUCGAACUGGUUCAAAGGGGUGAUAUUGUGAAGGUUGUUCCUGGUGGAAAGUUCCCAGUGGAUGGAAAGGUCAUUGAAGGCAGUUCUAUGGCAGAUGAGUCUCUCAUUACUGGGGAAGCUAUGCCAGUCACGAAAAAGCCUGGGAGCACAGUGAUUGCUGGUUCUAUAAAUGCACAUGGCUCAGUUCUUGUUAAUGCAACUCAUGUUGGUAAUGAUACCACUCUGGCACAAAUCGUGAAAUUAGUGGAAGAAGCUCAAAUGUCAAAGGCACCCAUCCAGCAACUGGCAGAUAAGUUUAGUGGAUAUUUUGUUCCAUUUAUCAUCAUCAUUUCAACAGUGACAUUGAUAGUAUGGAUCACAAUUGGUUUUAUAAAUUUUGAUGUUAUUCAAAAAUAUUUUCCUAAUCAGAGCAAACAAGUUUCAAAAGCUGAACUAAUACUGAGGUUUGCGUUUCAAACGUCAAUCACCGUGCUGAGCAUUGCAUGCCCGUGUUCUUUAGGCUUGGCUACCCCCACAGCUGUGAUGGUGGGCACAGGAGUUGCUGCGCAGAAUGGUAUUCUCAUCAAAGGUGGAAAACCCCUGGAAAUGGCACACAAGAUCAAGACUGUGAUGUUUGAUAAAACUGGGACCAUCACCUGUGGAGUUCCUAAAGUCAUGAGGGUGCUUUUGCUGGGAGACACGGCUGUGCUCUCUCUGAAGAAGGUGCUGGCGGUGGUUGGCACUGCAGAAGCCAGCAGCGAGCAUCCUUUAGGAAUGGCAGUCACUAAAUAUUGCAAAGAGGAACUUGGCACUCAGAGCCUGGGAUACUGCACUGACUUCCAGGCAGUCCCGGGCUGUGGCAUCAGCUGCAAAGUUGGAGGUGUUGAAGCUGUCCUGGGCAUAGCCGAGGAGGAUCUUGAUAAACUGGACACUAAAAGGAGCAGGGACAGUGGUAAUGGUCCAGCAGAGGGUCCAUCAACUUGUCGUACGUACUUGGUGUUGAUUGGAAAUCGCGAGUGGAUGAGACGCAAUGGCUUGCAUAUUGCAAAUGAUGUCAACGACGCAAUGACAGACCAUGAAAUGAAAGGACAGACCGCCAUACUAGUGGCUAUUGAUGGUGUGUUGUGUGGAAUGAUCGCAAUAGCAGAUACUGUCAAGCAGGAGGCAGCCCUUGCUGUGCAUACGCUGAAAAACAUGGGAAUAGAUGUGGUGCUGAUAACGGGGGACAACAGAAAAACUGCAAAAGCCAUUGCUACUCAGGUUGGGAUCAAAAAAGUCUUUGCUGAGGUUCUUCCUUCUCACAAGGUUGCAAAGGUCCAGGAGCUCCAAAAUGGGAGGAGGAAGGUUGCAAUGGUUGGUGAUGGAGUCAACGAUUCCCCUGCACUCGCCAGGGCUGAUGUUGGAAUUGCAAUUGGAACGGGCACCGAUGUUGCCAUUGAAGCAGCAGAUGUUGUUCUUAUCCGGAACGACUUGCUGGAUGUAGUUGCCAGUAUUCACUUAUCAAAGAGAACAGUUCGAAGAAUACGAAUAAAUCUGAUUCUUGCCUUAAUUUAUAAUAUGCUUGGAAUACCCAUAGCAGCAGGUGUCUUCAUGCCUGUUGGCCUCGUGCUUCAGCCUUGGAUGGGAUCAGCUGCAAUGGCAGCUUCUUCUGUGUCCGUUGUGCUGUCUUCCCUGCAGCUGAAGUGUUAUAAGAAGCCAGACCCAGAAAGUUAUGAAGCACAAGCUCAAGGCCACAUGAAGCCACUUACUCCUUCCCAAAUCAGUGUUCAUAUUGGAAUGGAUGAUAGGAGAAGGGAUUCAUCCAGAUCAGCUCCUUGGGAUCAGAUUAGCCAAGUGUCUCUCUCUUCCUUGACUUCAGACAAGCUGCCGAGACGUAAUGGUUUUGUUGAGGAGGAAGGGGACAAGUGGUCAUUGCUCAUGAGUGGAGGAGAUGAAGAACAGUACAUCUAAAGCACUGUAUUCUUAGUACAGGAGGAAACCUUCCUCCUCACCAGUGACAGGAGGGACCGACUUGUGUCGUCACGAGCUUCAAGGUUGUAAGUGAAGAAGUCAUUCCUUCAACUCACGAAAGAAUUGCUACUCAGCUCAAUGUUGGGUUGUAUGGAUUGUGGAUUUUUUUCAGAUCACCAGUUAUUUCUAGUUAUGGAAAGAAUAUGUGGCUCUAUAAUGAACUGGCUCCUUUGCACACAGCACUUAGUGAAAUAAU